AUGGCUGAAGAAAAUUACACCAUGAAAAACGAGUUUAUCCUCACAGGAUUUACAGAUCACCCAGAGCUGAAGACACUUCUGUUUGUCGUGUUCCUUGCCGUCUAUCUGAUCACCAUGCUGGGGAAUCUUGGUUUGGUGGCUUUGAUUUUUACACAGCAUCGUCUUCACACACCAAUGUAUAUCUUUCUGGGUAACCUGGCUCUUGUGGAUUCUUGCUGUGCCUGUGCCAUUACUCCUAAGAUGUUAGAGAACUUCUUUUCUAAGGACAAAAAGCUUUCCCUCUAUGAAUGUAUGGCACAAUUUUAUUUUCUUUGCACUGUUGAAACUGCAGACUGCUUUCUUCUGGCAGCAAUGGCGUAUGAUCGCUAUGUGGCCAUAUGCAGCCCCCUGCAGUACCACACCGUGAUGUCCAAGAAACUCUGCAUUCAGAUGACCACAGGGGCCUUUGUAGCUGGAAACCUGCAUUCCAUCAUUCAUGUAGGGCUUCUAUUUAGGUUAGUUUUCUGUGGAUCCAACCACAUCAAUCAGUUUUACUGUGAUAUUCUUCCUUUGUACAGACUCUCCUGUGUUGACCCUUAUAUCAAUGUACUGAUACUAUUUAUCUUUUCAGGUUCAAUCCAAAUCUUUACCAUAGGUAGUGUCUUAGUAUCUUAUCUCUACAUUCUUUUUACUGUUUUCAAAAUGAAAUCCAAAGAGGGAAGGGUCAAAGCCUUUUCUACUUGUGCAUCACACUUUUUGUCUGUUUCAUUAUUUUAUGGAUCUCUUUUCUUUAUGUACAUUAGACCAAAUUUGCUUGAAGAAGGGGAUAAAGAUAUACCAGCUGCCAUUUUGUUUACAAUAAUAGUUCCCUUACUGAAUCCUUUCAUUUAUAGCCUGCGAAAUAAGGAAGUAAUAAACUUCGAACAAAGAACUAUGAAA